AUGGUUGGCGACAUGCUGCGGGCUUGGGCAGGGCGGCAUCGGAGCGCUGCUCAUAUCGCGUACCAGCGGCUCCGACAAACCACGGAGCAGCCGCAACAGCGCGUGAGCGUUCGGGAUCCGUGCCCGGGAGUGAACAAGCCGCGGGAGCUGGCGGACGUCUGGCGCGGCUUUGUGCUGCCAAGGGUGGUGGCGAUGACUGCAACGGUCCUGUGUUUUCGUGGCAGCCCAAACGCAACCCCAGAGCCUCGCUCUUACGCUCGGAGGCCUACGCUCGACAGUGAGUCGAUUAAUGCGCUCACCGUCGAGCGGGCGCGGGCGCUGCUGCGCGGCGGCGCGGACUCUUCAGCCGGCGAGCCUUCUGCCCUCGAGCGGGCGCGCGUCCUCUGCUCGUGGGGCGAGUCGGAUCCGACCGUUGCGGCCGUCGGCUCCACCGUCGCGAUCCACUCUCUCGUCUCGCGGCCCUCGAUGAACGGCAAGGUCGGCGUCGUCGUCUCCGCGAGCGCUUCGACGUGCCGCUUCGGCGUGCGCGUGACGGGCGAGGCCAAGGCCCUCGCACUGAGGCGCGCUAUGCAAUGGUCUCUCCCCGACUCGCCGGAUCCUCUCUUUGACACACCUCUGCCCUCCCUCAGGCCGGCCAACCUGGAGCCAGCGGCCGAGGCGGUGGAGGCGGGCAGGCUGGUCCUCAAGGCGGCGGAGUGGUCGCCGCAGUCGCACGAGCUCUUCCCGGAGGCGGCUCGCAAGCGGGCGGUCGAGGUGAUGCGGCUGGGCUACCUGAUCGCUUGGGACGAGGAGCGCUUUGACAGCCGCGAGGGAGCGGCUCCAGAGCUGGCGGACAUCUGGCGCGGCUUUGUGCUGCCAAGGGUGGUGGUGCGAUGA